UGAAAUUGUGUUUGAGGUUAAGUCUGGCGUUCUAACUGCUUUGUUGUUUGUGUAUGAAUAUAAAUAAUAAUUAUAUAAAACAAUAGCCAUUUUUUAUAAUAAAAGCUAUUUAAAACUGAUAAUACUUUAUAUUUCAUCGAAGGUGUUAUUAAAUAAAUAAAAAUGUCAUCAGGAGGUAUGUUGUAUGGUGGAGAUGAAAUAGGAGCGCUGGUAUUUGAUUUAGGACAUCAUUCACUGCGUGUUGGAUAUGCUCAAGAAGAUACUCCGAAAGCCGAAAUCCCAGCGGUGGUUGGUAUCGGAGAGGAAAAUUGUAAUAAUACGGUAGGUACAACCAACAUCGCAACUGGAACUAACAAAGUUGAACUGAUGGACGUUGAUGAUAAAAAACAGGAUAAUAAUAUCACACAGUCUAAGCCUAAAUAUUACAUCGAUACGACGAUACUUCAUGUACCGCGUCCAGGAAUGGAGGUUGUUAGUUACAUGAAGGAGGGUAUGAUUGAAGACUGGGACCAUUUCGAAAAAGUACUAGACUAUACUUACUCGAAAAUAAUUCAAUCGGAUGCUGAAUUCCACCCGGUGCUAUUUUCAGAGGCACCCUGGAAUAUCCGGAGCAAACGUGAAAAGUUGACUGAAAUAAUGUUUGAGAAGUACAACGUACCGGCGUACUUUCUUGUCAAGAAUGCUGUGCUUGCUGCAUUUGCCAAUGGACGUGCUACUGGUAUAGUUGUUGACAGUGGUGCUACACAUACAUCAGCAGUACCAGUGCAAGAUGGUUUUGUACUGACUCAAGCUAUCGUUAAAUCCCCGCUUGGCGGUGACUAUAUUACAAUGCAGUGUCGACAGCUAUUACAGGACAAUGAUAUUGAUUUAUCCCCUGCCUACAUGAUAGGUAGUAAAGAAGUCGUCAAGGAUCACGAAAAACCCCGUUGGGUGAAGAAAAAAGGUUUACCUGAAGUUACUAAAUCUUGGCAGAAUUACAUGGUUAAAAAAUUAGUUCAAGACUUUCAAGCUAGCUCGCUUCAAAUUUCUGAAACUCCUUAUGAUGAAAAAAUAGUAUCCACUAUUCCUGCUGUUCAGUAUGAGUUUCCCACUGGUUAUCACCAGGACUUUUCUUCGGAACGUUUUAGAAUACCUGAGGCACUUUUUGAUCCAAGUAUGGUACAAAUGCGUGGUGGAAUGGUGGGUAACACGAUGCUUGGUGUUGGCCACAUUGUAACGACGAGUGUUGGAAUGUGUGAUGUUGAUGUCAGACCAGCACUUUAUGGCAGUGUUGUAGUUACUGGUGGUAAUUCAUUUAUUCAAGGCUUCCCGGAACGUCUUAACAGAGAUUUGUCGAUGCGAAUACCUUCAAGUAUGAGAUUAAAAUUAAUAAGUGCUAAUGGAUGUGCUGAAAGAAGAUUCGGAGCGUGGAUAGGUGGUUCCAUACUGGCGUCAAUUGGUACCUUCCAACAAAUGUGGAUUUCAAGUCAAGAAUACGAAGAAAGCGGAAAAAGUCAAGUCGAGCGAAAGUGUCCGUAAUCGUAUUUGAUAUUUAUGUUAACUGAUACUUUUCUAUCUAUAUAUAUACAUAUAUAAAUUAAUAUUACUAUUAAUUUUUUUUUGUAAUGACGAAACCAAUUUAUGGUACAAUUUUAAUUUUUCUACAAUACUGCCAAGGUUCACUAGAGUUACGACAAAAAAUGUACACUACUUAUUUUUCAUUUGUAAACUUACAUAUAAAGUAACUCUAUGAAGUA